UAUAUGUAUAUAUUUGGAGUUUAACCGUAGAAACGUUAAAAUGCGAAUAGCAGCAGUAAAGCCCCUAGCUCUUCUCUUUCCCUCCCUCCACCGAACAACUACACACGCUAACACCAUUCUCUUCAAUUUUCCACUUCCUUAUUCCUCUCCCUCCACAAUCCCUACUCCAAUCAAAACCCUACCCUCUCUCUUCUCUCGCCGACCAAUGACGUCGUCGGCGGCUGCUUCUUCAUUGCCCACUGUACAUGUCAAGGAGAAAAUCGAGCUCACCGAUGUUGAGAAGCAGAUUUUCGAUAGGCUUCUCGGAACUCUUCGCCAUUUUGACCUUCAAAACCAGCUCCGAGUCGCCGGUGGCUGGGUCCGCGACAAGCUUCUAGGCAAAGACUGUUAUGACAUUGAUAUAGCUCUGGACAAUAUGUUGGGGAGUGAAUUUGUUGAUAAGGUCAGAGAAUACUUGUUGUCAGUUGGGGAAGAGGCACAAGGAAUUGCCGUCAUUCCAAGUAAUCCUGAACAAUCAAAACAUUUGGAAACAGCAAGGAUGCGAAUAUGCGAUGUAUGGAUUGAUUUUGUGAACUUAAGGUGUGAAGAGUAUAGCGAUAAUAGCCGUAUUCCUACAACGCAAAAGUACGGCACAGCUGAAGAGGAUGCCUACAGAAGGGAUCUAACCAUUAAUAGUUUGUUCUACAAUAUCAACACCAACUUAGUUGAAGAUUACACCAAAAGAGGCCUUGAGGAUCUGAAAUGUGGAAGAAUUGUGACUCCUUUGCCAGCAAAGGCUACUUUUAUGGAUGAUCCUUUACGUGUUCUUCGAGCUAUCCGAUUUGGUGCAAGGUUUGACUUUGUAUUAGAUGAAGAACUAAAGGAAGCUGCAUCCUGUGAUGAUGUGAAAGCUGCACUGGCUGCUAAAAUUAGCAGAGAGCGCAUUGGUACUGAAGUUGAUCUUAUGAUGUCUGGUAACCGACCUGUUAAAGCAAUGACCUAUAUUUGGGAUUUGAAGUUAUUUUGGGUUGUCUUCAAUCUUCCCCCCAAGUUUGAGCCUGCAUUACCAGAAGGAUGUGACAGGCUUUGUAUUGCUAAUUUGGAUGUUACAUGGAACCUUAUACAGUUAAUUGGACGUUCUUCCUUUAAUGAUGAUCAAAGAAGGCUGUCUCUGUUUGCUGCUAUGUUUCUCCCAUUAAGGGAGACAAUAUAUAAAGAUAACAAAUCAAAAGAGAUUCCUGUAAUUAACUUCAUUUUCCGGGACUCUCUUAAGCGAAAAACCAGUGAUGCAGAAACGAUAGUAAAUGUAUACCGCGCAUUGAAGAAAUUCUCGUCUUUGCUUCCUUCUCUAGCAUUAAAUGAAGACAUCAAACUAACUGAAGUUGAAUGGGCAUCAGAACUUGUUGAUAUCCCCAUCACUUCAAAAUUACGAGUGUUGACAGGCUUUCUGCUUCGAGAAAUCAAAGAUUUUUGGAGAGUUGCAUUAAUGAUGUCUACGUUAUUAUAUGAAAUUGAUUCUAGUGAAGAUCUUCUCAACGAGAACUUUCAACUUGAGAAGCUGAAGGAUAUAUUUAAAGCAGCUGAGAAUACCGUUCUUGAAUUAGAUCUUGAAAAAGUAUGGGAAGUCAAACCAUUAGUCAAUGGAAAGGAGAUAAUGAAUGUGUUGGAGCUUAAAUCAGGAGGACCACAAGUUAAGGAAUGGCAACAAAAACUGCUUGCAUGGCAACUGGCCCAUCCCUUUGGGACCGCAGAGGAAUGUCUAGAUUGGAUGAAGCAAAACCAUUCCAAACGUGUAAAAAAGGAGUAACUUAUUACAAUAUCAAGUAGUGAGACCUUUUCUGGCUA